AUGCGUUCUGAGGAAUUAGUACAAGGUGGAUGCAUGGUGUUAACAUUUGUUGGCCGGAGUAUUGCUGAUCCAACCAGUGACGACUGUUGCAUUAUCUGGAAGCUACUAGCCCAAUCACUUCACGAACUACUCAAAGAGGGACUGAUCCAAGAAUCAGACUUUAAGUCAUUCAAUAUACCAUACUAUAAUCCAUGUGAAGAUGAAGUUAGGAACAUUAUUCAGAAUGAGGGGUCGUUUUCUCUUGAUAUGUUGAAUGUUUUUCAAGUCAACUGGGAUCCACAUGAUACAGAUUAUAUAAGUACGGAGGAUUUUGAUGUGCCUAGCCAUAUCCACGGGGAAAAUGCAGCAAAAGCUUUGAGAGCUGUUAUGGAACCAUUAUUGACCUCUCAUUUCGGAAAUUCCAUAAUAGACAUCCUAUUCGACAAGUUUAAGAAGCAUGUAUCACUACAGCUUGCUAAGAAAAAAAUAAGAUACUAUAAUAUAGUCGUUUCAUUGUCUAGAAAAUGA